AUGGGUGAAGGUCCCCAAGCUGCUCAGUUGGUCGCUCUGAAAGUUAUGCGACUUGCACGACCGAAGUUUUCUGAGAUCUCGUCGUUCCCUAUGGAUCCUGUCGAUCCAACAGGGUUUCCUCGAAAGAUUGAAGCUGCACUUUGCAAACGUGACGGAGAGAAGAGGCACGACGUACCUAUCGGUGAAUAUUUGAUGGCACCACAAAUGUUCGAAAAUAUAUACCUUGGUGAGACGUUCACCUUUUACGUUAAUUGUGUCAAUGAAAGUGAUCAAAAAGUAACCGACGUAUCAGUGAAGUGUGAUUUACAAACGAACAGUCAAAGGGUGACAUUACCGUCCAACAUUCACGAUGCAGUAUUGGAAGCCAGAACGUGUUCGGGUCAGGUUAUCAGUCAUGAAGUAAAGGAAAUUGGCCAACAUAUUUUAAUUUGCUCUGUUAACUAUAAAACAUUAUCCGAUGAGAAAAUGUACUUUCGGAAGUUCUUCAAGUUUCCGGUGGGGAAGCCUUUUGACGUGAAGACAAAGUUCUAUAACGCUGAGAAUAGUGACGUGUUCUUAGAAGCCCAAAUUGAGAACACUGCUACAGUAGCCAUGGUUCUCGAACGUGUUGAACUCGAACCGAGUUCCAGUUAUUCUGUCGCCAACAUAUCGUCAUGGUUUGUUUCAACCUGA